AUUCAGAAGAUUGUGGACAGUCACAAAGUGAAAAAUGUGGCCUGCUAUGGGUUACGGCUCAGUCACCUGCAGUCUGAGGAGGUUCACUGGCUACACCUGGACAUGGGGGUGUCCAAUGUGAGAGAGAAAUUUGAACUAGCCCACCCUCCAGAAGAAUGGAAAUAUGAAUUGAGAAUUCGAUAUUUGCCAAAAGGAUUUCUAAACCAGUUCACUGAGGACAAACCAACUCUAAAUUUUUUCUAUCAGCAGGUGAAAAAUGACUAUAUGUUAGAAAUAGCAGAUCAAGUGGACCAGGAAAUUGCUUUGAAACUAGGUUGCCUUGAAAUCCGGAGAUCCUACGGAGAGAUGAGAGGCAAUGCAUUAGAAAAGAAGUCCAACUAUGAAGUGUUAGAGAAAGAUGUUGGUUUACGACGGUUUUUUCCGAAGAGUUUACUAGAUUCUGUGAAGGCCAAAACACUACGAAAAUUAAUCCAACAGACAUUUCGACAAUUUGCCAACCUCAAUAGAGAAGAAAGUAUUUUGAAAUUCUUUGAGAUCCUCUCUCCAGUGUACAGAUUUGACAAGGAAUGCUUCAAAUGUGCUCUCGGUUCAAGCUGGAUUAUUUCAGUGGAACUGGCAAUUGGCCCAGAAGAGGGAAUCAGUUACCUUACAGACAAGGGUGCAAAUCCAACUCAUCUAGCGGACUUUAAUCAAGUGCAAACUAUUCAGUAUUCAAACAGCGAAGACAAGGACAGAAAAGGGAUGUUGCAACUCAAGAUAGCAGGUGCACCUGAGCCUCUGACAGUGACAGCACCAUCCUUAACCAUUGCAGAGAAUAUGGCUGACUUGAUAGACGGAUAUUGCCGACUGGUGAAUGGAGCUACGCAAUCUUUUAUCAUCAGGCCACAGAAAGAAGGUGAAAGAGCUUUACCAUCAAUACCAAAGCUGGCCAACAAUGAGAAGCAAGGAGUAAGGUCACACACAGUCUCUGUGUCAGGAGUCAAUCACUGUCAGCAUAAAGUAAAGAAAGCUAGACGCUUUCUCCCUUUCGUCUUCUGUUCCCAUGAGCCGCCGCCUAAGGAUGAAAUUAGUGGGGACGAGACAGAUGACUAUGCAGAGAUUAUAGAUGAAGAAGAUACUUAUACAAUGCCAUCAAAAAGCUAUGGAAUAGAUGAAGCCAGAGAUUAUGAAAUUCAAAGGGAGAGAAUUGAACUGGGGCGCUGCAUUGGUGAAGGACAGUUUGGAGACGUACACCAAGGAGUUUACAUGAGUCCGGAAAAUCCAGCUAUGGCUGUUGCAAUCAAAACAUGUAAAAACUGCACCUCAGACAGCGUUAGAGAAAAGUUCUUACAAGAAGCCUUAACAAUGCGUCAGUUUGAUCAUCCUCACAUUGUGAAGCUCAUUGGAGUUAUCACAGAAAACCCGGUUUGGAUAAUCAUGGAGCUCUGUACGCUUGGAGAGUUGAGAUCAUUUUUGCAAGUAAGAAAAUACAGCUUGGAUCUGGCUUCUCUGAUACUCUACGCUUACCAGCUUAGCACAGCACUUGCCUACUUAGAGAGCAAAAGAUUUGUACAUAGGGAUAUUGCUGCUAGAAACGUGCUGGUAUCUGCCACUGACUGUGUAAAAUUAGGUGACUUUGGUUUAUCCCGAUACAUGGAAGACAGUACUUACUAUAAAGCUUCCAAAGGAAAAUUACCUAUCAAAUGGAUGGCUCCAGAGUCAAUCAACUUCCGACGGUUUACCUCAGCUAGCGAUGUGUGGAUGUUUGGUGUGUGUAUGUGGGAGAUCCUAAUGCAUGGGGUAAAACCCUUCCAGGGAGUGAAGAACAAUGAUGUGAUUGGGCGAAUUGAGAACGGUGAGCGGCUCCCAAUGCCUCCAAACUGCCCUCCUACCCUCUACAGCCUUAUGACCAAGUGCUGGGCAUACGACCCUAGUAGACGACCCAGGUUUACUGAACUUAAAGCACAACUCAGUACGAUACUGGAGGAAGAGAAGCUGCAGCAAGAAGAACGAAUGAGAAUGGAAUCCAGGCGACAAGUCACAGUAUCCUGGGACUCAGGAGGAUCAGAUGAAGCUCCUCCCAAGCCCAGUAGGCCUGGUUAUCCCAGUCCAAGAUCCAGUGAAGGGUUUUAUCCAAGUCCACAGCAUAUGGUACAACCAAAUCAUUACCAGGUGUCUGGCUACCCUGGCUCUCAUGGGAUACCAGCCAUGGCAGGCAGCAUUUAUCCUGGGCAGGCUUCUCUCUUGGAUCAAGCAGAUUCCUGGAACCAUCGGCCUCAGGAAAUACCAGUGUGGCAACCAAACAUGGAGGAUUCAGGCACUUUGGACAUACGAGGAAUGAGCCAGGUUCUACCUACACAUCUCAUGGAGGAGAGAUUGAUACGACAACAACAAGAGAUGGAAGAAGAUCAGCGCUGGCUUGAAAAAGAGGAACGAUUCCUGAAACCCGACGUGCGACUCUCCAGAAGCAGCAUCGACCGGGAGGAUGGAGGUCUCCAGGGCCCA